GUGUGUGUGCGUGUAUGAUCGAGAGAGAGUGGGAGAUGGAGCGAGGGCGCUCUUCCGACUAGCAGAGGCAGGAGAGCGACUCGAAUAGCUCUCAGCUCAGGCAGAGUUAGUGCUGCUGAAAUAAUAGAUGAGAUCGGGUUUUCCACAGCCUAAAAACACACACACAAGCGACCCACCUUUCACAUCGACUUCACACACACUAACACGGCAUUGAUGGUAAUGUAUGCAAGGAAACAACCGAGACUCGGCGAUGGGUGCAACGACCGAAGGGACUCUCAGCCCUACCAGACUCUUAAAUAUUCAUCCAAGAGUCACCCGUCAAGCGACCAUCAGCAUGAGAAGAUGCGGGACAGCAGUGAUGCGACUCCGCCGUGCAAAAUGCUGCGGCGAUCCGACAGUCCAGACAACAAGCACACAGAGAGCAGUGGGCACGGUAGAGCCAAGGCCCUGCACCCGCACCGGGCAAGAGAACGAGAUGGUGGGACCAGUAUUUCCCCUCAAGAGAAUUCUCACAACCACAGCUCUCUGCAUAGCUCCAACUCUCACUCAAACCCCAACAAAUCAUCAGACACACCAUUUGAACCUGCAGAUGAUUGGUCAGAACACAUCAGCUCUUCAGGAAAGAAGUACUACUACAACUGCAGAACAGAAGUGUCCCAGUGGGAGAAACCCAAAGAGUGGCUGGAGAGAGAGCAGAGACAGAAGGAGGCGACUAAAGUGGCGACAGCAACAACAACCGUGGUCAACAGUUUCCCUAAAGACCGGGACUACAGGCGUGAAGCCAUGCAGGCAGCUCCCGCCAGCUUCUCCAGUACCAAGCCUGCGGUCGCCACCGAAAAGCCUUCUUCCCUCACCUCAUCCUCCUCUUCCUCGUCUGCUGCUGUGUCUGGCCUGAGUGCUGCCAAUCCCGCUAGCUCCUCCUCAAGUUCUACAGUUCCGGUUUCUCCGGUGAUGCAGUCGCCGGCCACGCCCACUAUCCUACAAGACCCCUCCCUCUUGCGCCAGCUUCUCCCUGCCCUGCAGACGGCUCUUCAGCUGAACAACGCCAGCGUGGACAUGGCCAAAAUCAAUGAAGUUCUCACAGCUGCAGUAACACAGGCAUCACUGCAGUCGAUGCUCCACAAGAUCCUGACUGCUGGUCCAUCUGCGUUCAACAUCACAACACUGCUCUCCCAGGCUGCUCAGCUCUCUAGCCAAGCCCAGCAGUCCAGUCAGUCUCCAAUGUCCCUGACGUCAGAUGCCUCAUCUCCACGGUCGUACGUGUCCCCCAGGAUCAGUACACCCCAGUCUAAUACAGCACCUCUCAAAACCCCCCUCAGCACCACGCCGGUGUCAUCACAGUCCAAGGUUAAUGCUUUGGGGGUUAAGUCCAGUUCUCUUCCUCCACCCUCGUCUCAGCCAUCCCUCCCCUCAGAGAAACACCAUGACAACGGCAACUCCCCACGGACACUGCAGAGACAAAGCAGUCAGAGAAGCCCCUCUCCUGGUCCUAACCAUGUUGGUGGCACGAACAGUGGUAGUAAUAACGGCGGUGGCGGAGGCCAAGGUGCCAGUGCGGUGACUGGAGCAAUGCCUGCGGGUUCUGUAGCAGCUGGAGCAGCGACAGGCAGGCCAGCCUGCUCUUUCACACCAUCAUUGGCUGCACACUUCAACGAGAACCUCAUCAAACACGUGCAGGGCUGGCCCGCGGAACACGUUGAGAAACAGGCUUCACGGUUACGUGAGGAGGCUCACACUAUGGGCAGCAUUUACAUGUCUGAGAACUGCACAGAGUUGAAGAACCUGCGCUCACUAGUUCGUGUGUGUGAGAUACAGGCCACACUGCGUGAGCAGAGGAUACUUUUUCUGAGACAACAAAUUAAAGAACUUGAAAAGUUGAAGAAUCAGAAUUCCUUCAUGGUUUGAGAACUCUGGGAUUCUUUGGUGUGGGUUUGGAAUGGAAAGAGAGAUGAGGUAGGGGAAUGAGUGGGGAACCCAGUUUACGUGCACAGAACCGCGGCGAUCCAAAGUUCUGUUGCGUUCUGUUCUGGGCCCAGUCUUAAGCUUAAGGAGCUGCGGUGAGUUGUGGACUGAGGGGCGAGGGUGGGGGGCAUUGUGGGUGGAGGUGGUGGGCCAGACGGGUGUGGAGAGGUAUGUGGGACCUGCUCUUGCCAGGCGCCCUGUAUAUGUAGAUUUCUUGUAGAUGUUAUUUCCAUGUUGUAAAUAUGUUUUGUAGAUGAAGCCAUGGGAAGCCACGCCUAUCGAAAAAAAGGAAAGAAAUAAAAAAAAAAAAAAAGCUUUUGACAUCCAAACGUAAAAACUAAUCAACACAAACGCCAGUAGAGGGCUCUCACUGUCCUCCGGCCUCCAUCUGUCAAAAUCUGACUACAGAUUUUCAAACCUGGUUUUGGAAAAUAGUUUCCGAAAUACGCUCUUCAGGAUAAAAAAAUAAAAAAAAUCAAUAAAAAACAAGAAUGGUGAGCCAAUGCCUUGAGCAUGUACCAGACCUGCAUGGAAAAAUGGUGGACGAUCCAGUGGGGUUAAGUAGUGGGACGCACCAAUUCAGACACGCACAAGCACACCUUUGUCUUCUCCUGACCAUGCGCACCUCCACCUUUAAUCCCUGUCUGGUUUUGUUUUCCUGCCCCCUUCCCCACCAUCUCUGAAUAUGAAUAACAGUAGUGUUGCUAAAUGGUUAAUCGGACAUUUUGCAUCUGUUUCUUUCUCUGGUUGAACUGUAAUGGUUUCACUCCUGCACCCCCUGUCUUUCUGGAGGGUUUAGAUCAAGUCUGUCUACAUGGUUCAGUCGUCUCUUAACUGCCCCGAUGGCCCAGCUGUGCCCGCCGUCAGCACCAGUGCCUGCUUGUGUGAAGGAGUGAAUGUGUGAGAGAGAGAGAGAAGAGAAAGGGGGGGAAAAAAGACCACAGUCUGUUUUUUGCUCAGCGAGAGUGAUCGUGAAAAGGAGGGAGGACCAUUCCUGCAGCUUGAUCUAAAGAAAUCGCCCCACCCACCCGUGACCCAGUUUGACGACUUCUUAGAAUGAUGGAGGAGUCUAGUUGUCCAACUUCUUCUUCUUCUUCUUUUUUUUCUUUUUUUUUUUAGUUGGUUUCCAGACUUUCCAACAAGUUUAUUUUUCUUAUUUCUUUUCCUUGCUCUUAUUUUUUGUUUAAACUGUACUUUUAAAAAAAGAAGUGUGAGGAGUUUAUUGCAACUUGCAUUAAAACCCAAGAGUUCAUUCCUUUGUACAGUUGCUAAGUAAUAAUGGAGUAAAAAAAAAAAAAAAGUUUUAUUAAAAGUUGCAGUGAUUUACUAGUAUAUCAUAUGUUGUAUUCAUAAAUUAUUGCCACACAUUUUCCUUUGCACCCUGAUCGGACGGAGUGGAGCUAGUGCUAUUGGACAGUAGGAAGAUGAGUGUCGGAAGGUCACGGCCAAGGACUGGACAUAACCAAUCCCGCUACAUCAGAAUCUGGGCAGGGUCACCUGGGGUCAGAAGGUCAAAUGUGAAAUGUAUGUAUUGUAAUAAACAUGCUAAAAGUAAAACAGA